UGCCUACACUUCCGGAUCCUGAAUGUUCCUCGCGCAGCUUUGACUGUCACGCGAGGCAUCCUUUGACAACAAGAAAAGAGAAGUGAGGAUGCAUUUGCGGCGGAUUUGAUGCUUAUUUUUUUCUGCAUUUAUUGGAGAUAUGUCUUCCUUUAUUAAAGAGACGCAGAGCAUCAAGGAAGCGGUGACUCUUAUCAAUGCCAUUGACUUGAACAAAUUCUCCAGGUUGAUAUCCCGGAUAAUCCAAAAGCUUCAUCUGAAGGGAGAACGGACAUUCAGCGAAGAGGAGGAGGAAAAACUUCAAACGGCACUAUCCCUGGACAAACAGGCUCUGGAUUUAGUCCUGGAAACAUCUGCUUUCAUUCUUGAGCAAGCCGUGUACCAUAAUGUGAAGCCAGCAUCUCUACAGCAACAGCUUCAGGGAAUCAGUGUGAGCCCUGACAAGGCCGAAGUGUUUUCUCAAACGUGGUCCAUCUCUGGCCCUGAGCUAGUGAAUCGACUGAAGCACAAUAUAUUUGCCCCUAAAAAGCUGGAUUUUGUCAGCUGGCAGUUGAACCUGCAAAUGGCCCAGUCCAGCCAGGCCCGACUUAAGUCCCCCAGUGCUGUGCUCCAACUGGGCCUCAACAAUGAAGACUCUCAGACCCCUCGUAUUGGUCAGCUUUGUUCCUGAAAGAAAGAAGAAAAAAGUCCUGUGCUAAAGAGAAAAGCAAUCCCAAUGACAAAGAUUUUAACAUGUAUUUUACAAAUAAAAUGCCUCAAUGAAUCAUUUUUUUUUCUUAUGAACGGUUUUCAAAAGCUUUAUUGGUGGAUUUUCUCAAGUUAAAGCGCCAAACAGGAAUUAAUAAAUUUAUUUGUGUAAGCAGGAUAUGUGUAUUAUUACAGGUGUUUUAGCUUAUUUCAAUUUAUUUUAUUUAAAUGGGCUAUUAUUUAUUCUAUUAUGUGUUUAUAUUUUACAAAUGUUAUGUAGUAUUCAUUUAUAUUGUAUAUUUUAUGUUGUAUAACUUUAGUUCCUAUGUGAAUAUUAGUUCCUACUUGUUUUGUUGUGGUAGGAGGGUUUUGUAUUGAACACGGGGCCGUGUUGGUUAUUAUAAUUGCAGAGAAGACAGCAGUAACUCAACAAAGACAAGUCAACUGUGCCGAUCUACCACUCAAGAGAUCUGAUGGACUCAAAAAGUGGGUUAUGAUUGCAUAUUAGUUUGAAAAUCGACGGGAUCCAUCUUAUUUUUACACAAGUGACUUCCGGUCUGCCCGAUCCUAGCUAGAAGUAUUGACGCAGGAGGGCCGCGUCUCGCGUCAAAUAAUAAACUCUGCCGUUCCUUUCUCGUGUGUCGCGUUGAGCCGCUUCUGGGACUCAUCUAACACGUGUUGUUAAAGUUUAAAGUUAUUUAGCCUCCUUACUUAGUUGUCAGACUCAUGUUGGAAAGAGUUUUAGUAAUCUUGAUAACAACUAGCCAGCUGAAUUAGGUGAGUUUGAAUAACACACAACAGUUGGUAACAAGAAACUGACCUGUGUAUUCAGUGACAAACACAAAACAUUAUAAAUAACAAACAGAAAUGGCAUAGUCAGUCAGUAAAACGUGCAAAUAAUAUUGUAAACUGUCUUAAAAAAGCAAAACACACAAACAACCUCAGUGGAAAAUCCCACAAACCCCCCCAAGCUAUUAGAUGCUUUUAAUGUUUCGUACAUUAGUUACAAUAAUUGUAUAAAAAGCCUCUCAGGUUUAAAUAAACGACUAUUUCAGUAUCAAGUUAACAUUUUAAAACAGUAAAUAAAAUACUCAAGUCCCCAUUCUGUAUCAGCAGCUUUAAACUACAUUCAAUUCAUUUAAUUUUGCGAAUCAACUGUUAAAGUUGUUAAAAUUGCUCCCGUUAUUCCAUAAUUUCCCUUCUGUCUACUUUCGACAUGUGAAAGUUUUAAAACUGUUUUGAAGAUAGAUUCAAAUCAAGAUUUUGCCGA